AUGGAUGAAGUAUGGCUUAUAAUUACUAUUGUAAUAGACAUUGCUGUUAUUGCUGCCAACUCUGGGGAAAUAACGCUUUUAAUAAAGAAAUGGCGCAACUUAGAUCGAAUCGAACAUUUACUUCUCAGUUUAUCUAUAGCCGAUUUUAUUGCCGGAAUAGCAAUGACUUGUCAAGAUAUAAAGCAACUAGUUCAUGUUGUACGCGACAACAAAUUCCAAAUGAAUGAAACAGAUGCAAUAAUAUUUGACAACUUGUUUGUAUUUUGUGUUCUUGUUUCAAACUUUCAUGUGAUAUCCAUAGCAGUGGAAAGAUUAACAGCGGUUGUAUUUCCUAUGAAAUACUCCUUAUUUACAACAUUCAAGUGUAAGGCUAUUACUAUAUGUUUUGUAUGGUGUUUUUCUAUUGUUAGCACUGGAGUAAUAGCUUCAAGUUUUAAAUACAAAAGUCAACCUGCUAGUGAAAAUUUACGCUAUCUAACUUGCGCUGGAAUUUUACUAUUUGCUUGUAUAUCAGUAUUUAUGAUCUACACUGUUUUGUUUUGUGCGUUGGUUAUUCGCGAGAGAGAAAUGAACAAAAUGCUUCCACAAGAGACAAGAAAGUACUUGCGCGAUAAACGAACAACACUUUUUUGUUUACUUAUUGGAGUGACGUUUGUAGUAUGCAUUUUGCCUCCAACACUUGGAUAUUUUAGGCUAUACCAUCCGAUCCAAAACUUGUUUUAUACAUUAAAUCACUUAUUGAAUCCGUUCAUAUAUUUUGCUAAAUCUUUAUACGAAAAGAGAGCGCGAAGUCGCUCCGCAAUAAAAUAUCGCAUUCAAACUACUAAUGAAUUUGUAACCUAG